AUGAACGCAACAGGAAGCCGCUUCUGUCUCUGGUACUCACGCGUGAUUUCUUCCUAUUUUAUCCUCCUGUACACAUUUAUAUGUCGUUUUCAGUUCGUCAUUGAAAACACCGAAUGUCCAGGUAAUGUUUGUGAGACGAGUCGACACGAGAGAAGCAGACAAAUGGCGCAUAUUCCCUCAGCAGAGUGUGACAUGCAGCUGAAUGGAGUUUCAGAGGAGAUGGACCUGCUUCACAUACAAGUGGAGGCUGAUGUGGUGGAGGAGAAGCCUGGGAGAGAAGAUGCACUGUGUUCAAGGAACGUGUUGAGGAAGCAGCGAAACUGGGAGAGGCAGCUCGCUGUGAAGAAGGGCAAGAGGAAAGAGGAGAAGCAGAGGAAGAGGCUCAACCGUGAGCGGGAGUCUGGCGCUAGUGUUGACGUUCCUCAGUUUACCAAACGGGUCAUGAAGGCCAUGACUAAAGAGCGCUUAGCUGAGGCUCAGUCCACUGGACUCAAACUCUGUGUGGAUCUGAGUAUGACGGACAGCAUGUCUGACAAGGAGAUUAGUCGAUUGGCCGGUCAGUUGAGAAGAGUGUAUGGGUCAAACAAGAAGGCAGCUCGACCGUUCCACCUGUUCCUGACAGACCUGAGGGAGGACAGUCGUCUUUACAGAGAGUGCAUACGAAAGAAUGAUGGCUUCCUGAGCUACAUGUCAAAAAAAUUGGAACAGGCCUCAGUCAGAGGAUCUCAGGGUGUGAACAGGAUGAUAGUCAGAUGGAAAUCACAGAUGAAAGUUUUCUGGACUUUUUCCCGACAGAAACUGUUGUCUACCUCUCCCCAGACGCCGAACAAGGUCCGAAGGUUUUGGAUUCAUUUUACAGAUGAGUCAGUUGUCCUCACACUGGAAACAAUGGAUGCAGAAAAAGUUUAUGUCCUUGGUGGUCUUGUGGACGAAAGCAUCCAGAAGAAGCUGAGCUUCACACGGGCCUCAGAACUGAGCGUCCACACCGUGAGGCUGCCCAUUGACGAGUAUAUGGUGAAGAAAAGCAAUGCCAAAAAUUUCCAUUCAAAGAUCCUGGCGGUUAAUCAAGUGUUUGACAUUUUGCUGACCUUCUGCGACACGGGCAGCUGGACGGAAGCCCUGCAGGCAUGGUUCCCUCAGGGGAAGGGUUAUGUCGUCGCACCAGAUGAUUCUUCCUCACAGAAGCUCUUUUGAAUGUACGAGAAGAGGGAAAAAAAAAACAAUUUUAGUGACCUGAGGGGAACUGACACACUGGGAAAAAUGCAAUGAAAGAUAAAAGUCUUCUUGGUCUUUACACUAAAACCAAACAAUGUCACAUUAUGAUGCUGGAGAUGAUUAUUAUCAGGGAUUUAAAGUCAUAAAACAGAGAAUACUGUGUGACAUUUACUCAGGAUUCACAAACAGUGAACAUUGUUACUAUUUAAAAAAAAAAUAUAUAUAUAUAUAUAUAUAUAUUAUAUUAUUUAUAAUUGUAGAGGGGAUGGCAGAUGUUUUAAGCUCAGAACAGAAAUUGAGAUACAACGGAGAAUGUAAAAACACAAGACGGUACCUCACUGUGAAAAAAGGUUUCAAGUUGGAUAUUCCACACGCAGACUCUUUUAAAACCAGCAGCCCACGCUUUCAUCAAACUAACUUCACCACAGGAAGUUACAGACUUACUUUUACUUUACUACAUCAGGUGUGGUUUUGUCAGAGGGAAAUACUCCACUCCGAUACGAUACAAACGAUACAAACUCCAGUGCAUGAGAGCUAGCGCGAUAAGUGCGUGUUGAACAUAGAGAAUGCUUUUAACAAACCUCGUAAACGUCAAUCAAAUAACUGAAUGAUUGUACGGACGUGUGAGGUUUGAAGAGCGAUGAGUGCAGUGAAUUACUACUUUUCCAUGUGCCUUCCUACAGACACUAUGUUUCAUUUAUGUUCUAUAUUUAUACUAUGUCUAUUUAAUGAACAUUUUGUUACAUAAAGCCCUAUAAACGUUCUGUAAACGUAACAUGUAUCAUCUCAAAAAUCAGGCUGAUUUAUAUUUUUAUUUCCCCUAUUUUAUUAUUCUUGUUGGGUUUUCUUUAAUUGCAUGUACCAUUCACUGAAUGUUGUUUGCUAAUUAAAGCAAUGGCUGCACAUGUACAUACAGACCUUAAACAAUUUGUGUCAUCUGAGGUUUGAAUAUUAUCAAGACAGCAAGAACACACUCAAAGGUUGACAAACUGAGAAACGUCUCAAAUGACUUCACACUAUAACUGAGCUCACCACCAGGGGGCAGAUAUUCAGUUGUGCAUACGUGACAAUUCAGAUCUCAAAACUGCUGUCACAAAUUCAUUUAUUAAAAAGAUUCUUAGCACUCGCUGCCUUCAAAAUGUAUGACUAGUGUCUUAAAGGUGUUGCAUUGUAACGCAGCUGUAAGAUCCAAUGCACAAAAUAAAACUCAUUUCACAUCAUAAA